AUGGUUCGACCAGUAAUAACAACAUAUGAAGAUGAUUCUUUCUCAAGCGAUAAAUCAAAUACAUCAUGGUCAACUGAAUCCGGUGAAUUUACUGUUACAUCUAAUAUAGAUCCAUCAUUACAUACAAUAAAUGAAUUAUCUACGAAUCGAAAUCCUUAUGUUGAACAAUAUUUAAAUAUUUAUUAUAAAAAACAUCUGGAUCAAUCAAUGUUGUUAACGACUAGUCAAUUGGUUGAGAAUACACUUGCACUUUAUGAUAAUAUGGAUGAUGAAGCAGCAAAUUCUUAUAUACUUUCAUUUAUUUUAUUACGUGUUGGUUGUAUAUCUAAAACAUAUGAUUUUGAACAAUUUAUUGAUAUGAAUCGAGAAGAAAAAGAUAAAAUUAUUAAAGAUAAUUGGUCCGGUAGAAAAAUUUUAAUGAAUAUAUCAUCAAAAAAUGAAGAUAUUGAAAAAAAUUAUAAACGUUUUGAAGCAUUUUUUUCAACACUUGCUUGUCUACGUUUUGAUGAUAUUUUACGAUUGAAUAAUGAAACGAAUUUAAAAAAAAUUCUUGAUUUAUUAAUCGAUGAUAUUCAAUCACCUAUUGUUGAAUAUCGUUUUACAAUAUUACUUGCUCUUGAAGCUAUUCUUCGUGGAUUAAUUACAACAGUUGCUCAUGGUAGAAGAAAUAAACCAGGAAAAAUCUCACCUUUUAUUGGACAUAAAGAUGCUACAAAAAUAUUUGAAUUUGUAUCAAUAAUUGUUGCUAAAGCAAUGAUUCCUCGUUUAUCUGAUUCAGAGUCACAAAUCAGUCAUGUAGCAUUUCAAGCAUUGAUUGAAUUAUGUGAAAUUUGGCCGAAUUCUUGGAUAUCUAAAGAAGUUUUUGAUGAAUGUAUCUAUUCAAUUGUUUCACAAGAAGAUAAAUCGGAUUUUCAUAGUUCUAUUCGUCUCAUUCGAACAUUAUUAACACAUAAUGAAUUUGAUAAAGAACCGAUUCGUCCAUAUAUUCACCAUUUAUUAAUGAAAAUUUCAUCCGAUGAAUUCGAACUUUUAUCUGUAUCGAAUACAAUUUCGAUUUAUAAAUUACUCAAUGAUAUCUUAACAAUUUAUCCCGAAAUAUUGUCAACAAAAAUGAUUUAUCAUUGGUCAAGUGGAAUAUUUCAAGAUAAUAACCGAACACAAAAAUUAUCAUUAAACUUUCUUUUAAGAUUUAUUCAAAUGAAUGAAGAUCAAUUUCAAUCAAUGACGAUAUGGCCUUAUAUUAUUCAUGUUUACAUGACUAUAUUUCAGUUAAAUGUAAGUGAAGAAACUACAGCAUGUUUAAUACAUUCAAUUGAAAGUAAUCUCAAAAUUUCUACAAUUCUUUCAAAUAUAUCUGGUAUCGAAUAUUAUAUCGAAACAAAAAUAUUUGAUAAUUCUCAAACAUCAUCAAUUCUUGUAAUUCUUCAAUUACUUCGUUCGAUUUUUAUUCUUCAUAUCAAUCGACAACGAACAACAAUGUCAAUUAAUGAUGAAGAUGAAGAUGAUAAUGAUGAGGAGGAAAUUAUUUGUCGAAAUAUUAGUCGACUUACAUUUAAAUUUAUUACACGUAUUAUUCAACAAGACAAUAUCAAUAAAUUAAUAUUAGUUGAAUGUUUAACUGCUUUACAAACAACACUUUGUUCAUUACCGGUAGAACAUAUUCGAGAUAAUUCAUUAUCAUUAAAUGAUUUAAUGAAUGAAAUGAAAAUGAUGAUUACUACACAUCAAUUAGCCGAUACAUCUAUUCAUACAAAUAUGGAAGAAUAA